AUGCGAUCGCUCUGCUCCCCAAGGGCACUCUUCGAGGAGGGUGCCCAUGCUCCUUGUGGUUCUGGUUCUGGCAUGCCAGUUCCUGGGGCUCACAAAUGGACCUUGCUUUGUGAGCUAGGCUUUGAGGAGCUAUGGGUGUGGCUUGCUUGGGAGCGGAGCACGUUAGGAUUUGACAAUGUAGAAAAGCCGGUCAUUAUUGGUUGUGUCAUACUCAGUGCAUACAUUCUUGUCAUGUUUGCAAACUUGGCAAACAUAUGUUUUAUUGUAAUUGAUAAACAUCUACAUCAACCAAUGUAUCUCUUCAUCUGCAAUUUAGCAAUUGUAGACAUGCUCUACUGUACAUCUUCAUGUCCAACUAUGAUAGGCAUUCUUAUAGUUGGCUUUAAAACAAUAACUUAUUUACCAUGCAUCUUUCAAAUGUAUAGCUUUAGUUUAGGACUUGUGAUGGAGGUGUUUACUCUGUCUGUUAUGGCUUUUGACCGAUUAAUUGCCAUAGUCAAGCCACUGCACUACCAUGCAAUUCUAACAAAUAUACGUUCUGUUCUUCUAACAUUUUUAUUGUGGAUAUUGGGUUUUGCUACAUUAUCAAUUGUUCCCGUUACUGUGAUUCCUUUACCAUUAUGCUCCUCAACUGUAAAAUAUAUUUUCUGUGAUUAUGCAGCUGUUGUCAGAACCAGUUGUGUAGAUCCAGAACCCUAUUUUAAUUUAAUGUCAAGUUACACCUUUUCCAUAAUGUUGGGAACAUUCAGUUUCAUUUGUUUAUCUUAUUUUAAGAUAGUUAUUGUUGUUGUCAAAAUGAAGUCAAUAGGUAAUACAAAAAAAGUGUUUCAUACUUGUCUAAGUCAUUUAAUAGUAAUAAUCUGCUAUUAUGGUCCUAUAUUUAUGAUGUCAGUAAUAACCAGGCUUGGAUUAGCCUUAUCACUUGAGGAAAGAAAUGGCCUGAGAAUUUGGGCAAUUAUUGGUCCUUCUUUAGUAAAUCCUUUUGUAUAUUGUUUUAGAACUAAAGAAAUUAGAAAUAAAAUUUUACGAUUUGUGUCAAAAGUUGAACCAACUAAAUAA